AUGUCUCCAGCCAAUAUCUCAUGUAUUCACCCCUCAUCCUUCCUGCUGUUGGGAAUCCCAGGCCUGGAAAAUAUGCAACUCUGGCUUGGCUUCCCAUUUGGUACAGUGUAUCUGAUAGCCCUUCUGGGGAACGUCAUCAUCCUUUUUGUGAUCCAGACUGAGCACAGCCUCCACCAGCCCAUGUUCUACUUAUUGGCCAUGUUGGCUCUCACUGACCUGGGCUUGUCCACCGCCACCAUUCCCAAAAUGCUGAGCAUCUUCUGGUUUGGUCUCAAUGAGAUUGAUUUUGGGGGAUGCUUAGCUCAAAUGUUCUUCAUACACCUGUUUACAGGUUAUGAAACAUUCAUGCUUGUAGCCAUGGCAUUUGAUUGCUACGUUGCCAUUUGCCACCCUCUUCGAUACAACACAGUCCUCACCAACAGAAAUAUUUGUGUUAUUGCUGGAGUAGGAAUGCUGAAAAUUUUUGUUUUGGUUUUUCCGCUUGUAUUUCUCCUUCUAAGGCUUUCAUUCUGUGGACAUAAUAUUAUACCCCAUACCUACUGUGAGCACAUGGGCAUUGCCCGUCUGGCCUGUGUCAGCAUAAAGGUCAAUAUAUUAUUUGGAUUAAUCCUUGUCUCUAUGAUACUUCUGGAUGUUACUUUGAUUGCCAUCUCCUAUGUGAAGAUUCUACAUGCUGUCUUCAGACUCCCAUCCAGUAAGGCCAGGCUCAAAGCUCUUAAUACUUGUGGUUCCCAUGUGUGUGUCAUCUUAGCUUUCUUCACUCUAGCAUUUUUCUCCUUUAUGACUCAUAGAUUUGGCCACAAUAUUCCACGUUAUAUCCACAUCCUCCUGGCUAAUUUCUAUAUUAUCAUCCCCCCUGCCCUUAACCCCAUUAUUUAUGGAGUAAGAACCAAGCAGAUCCGAGAUCACGUGGUGACGAUUUUCCUUUUUAAGGAAGUUUGA